AUGUAAUGCCUCUCAAUGGAUUUAUUACAAUGCAACUAGAGUUAAAAUAGCCUCUCAAUUCAGUAACAUAAAACUCUUUUCUCUAGUCAAUUAAUAUGGGUAAUUCUCAGUCUUUAGAUAAAGUUCAAACUGUAGUCAAAGAGGGUAUCAAUAUCUAUCAAGAGAUAAAGAAACAGCAAGACCAACAGCAACAGCACUAUCAACAAACCACUCACUAUUCUCAUCACGAGUCUUACUCCUCUUCUUCCACUUAUCAUGUUUCAACAGACGUAGACGAUGAUAAUGAAUAUUCGCGUCUUCGUCAGUUAGCCCACGAAGAAGCAGAAAAAAGAAACAAUUUUUACGCUCAAAGCCAAGAGGCUUACAAAUCCGGCAAUGGUGCUGAAGCCAAGGAAUUGUCUAAUAAGGGUCACCAUCAUGAUAAUUUGAUGAAACAAUACAAUCAAAGAGCUGCUGAUCAUAUUUUUGCUGCUCAUAUGUUGAUAGUCAAAAACCAAGGCAGACCUAGAAACGAAAUUGAUCUACAUGGUCUGUUUAUUAAAGAAGCCUCUGAAAAAGUAGAAGAAGCCAUUCGUCGCUGCCAAGAUCAUGGUGAUGAAAAUCUUGUCAUUAUUGUCGGAAAGGGUUUGCAUAGUCCAAACCAAAUUGCUAAACUUAAGCCUGCUAUCAUUGAAUUAGUCAAGAAGUACAAUGUGAGCUGUCAGCCUAAUAUUCCUAAUCCUGGCUGCCUUUUCGUUGAGUUUGGUAAAGGUACUGGUGAUCUUUCCUGGCUUGAUCGAAUUACUGGCAAGAUGGCUAACGAUCAAUGUAUUGUUAUGUAA